CCGUCCGAGUAACAGACCGUACGGUCUUACCACAUUCCUGGCAUUAAUCGACGCAUUUUUAUUUAGGACCCGUUAUUCUAUUGCACGGAACGGUGGUAAAAAUACAUUUCGACGUUUCACCCCUCAUCCGAGUGGCCACCCAAAAUUUCCCUUUCGUCGACAAAAAACUCGUUAGUUUUUAUCCAGAAACGUAUCGGUAGAUCGAUCGACGAUAACGAAAACAAAUAAUUGUACAAUCGGAGACGGACGAACUUCGAACCGAUUAACAGUCACGAGACGAUGAGUAAUGUCUCUCCCCGUUGUAUUAAGCGAAGGAGGAAGUUUCAGACUCAAAGCGUCUAACGUCAUCCGACCGUCAGGAUAUACUUUAUAGAAUCGACGUGGAAUGAGUGGCGAUUAUAAAUAAAAUUGAGUAAUUAAAGUGAAAGAAAAAAAGAUGGGUUGGACUCCUUACCAGCGGUUUCUGGCGGUGAUGAUGGUCAUCACUGGUUCCAUUAACACUCUAGCUACAAAAUGGGCAGAUACAAGUUCCUCAAAGGGAGUUGAUGGAACAGUUAGAAAAUUUGAUCAUCCAUUUUUACAGGCUGUUGGUAUGUUUCUGGGAGAAUUUACUUGUCUUCUAACAUUUAAAUUAAUUUUCUGCUUUUAUCAAAGAAAACAAAAACCAGAAGAAGAAUAUCCUGUUACAAUAAGUGGAAAUCAAAAAUUUAAUCCAUUCAUCUUUCUUUUACCUGCAUUAUGCGAUAUGACUGGUACAUCCAUAAUGUAUAUUGGUUUGAAUCUUACUUAUGCCUCAAGUUUUCAAAUGCUUCGGGGUGCGGUAAUUGUAUUUACUGGACUCCUAUCAGUUGCCUUCCUUCGUCGAGUUAUCAAGGGAUAUGAAUGGUUAGGAAUAUUCAUUAUCAUAGUUGGAUUAGUAUUAGUUGGAUUAUCUGAUAUGAUAAAAUCUGGAAGUCAAGAAUACAGUCAAAAUAGCAAGAUUUCUGGUAAGUAAAUAAUAAUGUUAGUUCAGGUCCUUGCAGCUAGCACUUGUGUUUUUAUGGAAUAUAUAAGUAACGGAACGGAAGUAAGUAAAAUAAGAGUUAUCUUUUUUACAGGUUUCUUCGGUUUUAUUAUAUUGUCAAUUUUAUUGGUGCCGAUGUAUUACAUACCAGUGGGAAAGAAUUUUUUUCAUAAUCCUAAAGGAAAUUUAGAAGAUGCCAUCGACGGCUUCUAUCAAAUUGCAAAUUCUUGGCAAGUGUGUUUGGGCGUUUGCGGGACGGUGAUCAGUAUCGCCUUUUUUAAUUUUGCCGGAAUAAGCGUGACCAAAGAGAUUAGCGCCACCACCAGGAUGGUGUUGGACAGCAUCAGGACCCUUGUAGUGUGGAUCUGCGGCAUGCUUCUGUUCCACGAGAAGUUUGGUUGGCUGCAACUAGUGGGAUUUCUGAUACUUUUAGUGGGAAUGUGUUUGUACAAUGACAUAUACAUCCGGCAAUUUUGGAACAAACUGACACGCAGGGGAACGUCGGAGGAGCUCGACCCCCUCUUGAACACCGAAAACGGAAGUAUAAAUGCCGAGAAGUAGUCGGAAGAAAUUACUAAACGAUUGUGAUAUUUUGUAAAUAAAUCUACAUUCCAUCUCAAUUUUCCACCAGAACAAAAAUUAUUUUUAAAUUUUUCCGGCGAGAUUUCCGUUUAUACCGGGGUGGAAGAAUUCAAAUAUAUCGAAAAAUCUUUUAUUUAAUUAAUAAACGGGUCGAAAUUUUGUUAAAGUUAAAAUUUUUGUCAAUAUUUUAUUCUAAUGUCUUUCCGCCGCCUUUUAAAUUCAAGCCAUGUUUUAUAUAAGAAUUGUAGAAAAUUUCGUUUUAAUAUUUAUAAUAAAGUGUUUUUCGAUUCCUUCGCGUUAAACGAAUCUGAAGUUAUCGAAUAAAUUAUUCGGCAAAACGACGACGAUGAUUUAAAU